UAUGAUUGUUGUAACCAGUGUUACUGCACAGUCCUCAUGAGGGUGCAAAAGAACAGUUUUAACUGGGCUGAAUACCCACAUCCUAAAGUCUCAUCUGCACCCGUCUAGGAGAGAAGUGCGACUCACGCAGCUAUCGACAAAAUGUACAAUUUCCCACCCAAUCCCGGGAACGCCGAAGACCUACGAUAAGAGGAAAACAAUAUCUUCUUCUGCAACAUGGGGAACUACUCUGGGAAGGAUCGACGUGGAUCUUCAGCAGGCAUGGCAGUGGACCAGUUUGAAACACCUUCCACCUCUCCUUAUACCAUCACUCCUACCACCUUAUCCCCAACAACCCAGCUGGUGUCUGUUUUCAACAGCCCCUCUAAGACUGUAGAAAAAACAGCCACCCCUCAGUCACCUCAAGAGACUCUCAGUCCAUCACUGAUCUCCACCACUCAGAAUGAGAUUCUCAGGGAGUGCAGGACAGGGCCCACAAAUCAUAUCCCUGAGGAUGGGCAUAAGGUGACACAAGGAAAUGCGCAGGUACCUCAACCCUCAGGUGUAUGUGUGAAGGGUGACACAGAAGUGGAUGCAAAACUGAUACAAGAAUGUUUGGUCACACUGGGUCUCAACAGUAUUGAAGAGACAAUACACACACUAAAUGAUCUGUUACAGUGUUUUCUGAUGGAGAGAGCGAAGAUAAAGGAGGAAUUGAGAAGUUGUAAAGAAAAGAUUCAGGCAGAACGUGAGGAGUGGCAGCAAUUCCAGGCUGACCUGAAGGUGGCGCUAGUGGUUUCAGACAGACUGAGGGCAGAGGCAGAGGAAGAGCUAAGUGCUCUCAGAGAAGCUCAGCAGGACUGGGACAGACAACUAGCCGAUGCCUUGCAGGGUCGACGAGAGGUUGAAGGUCAAUUGAAAAGCCUUAAAUUUGAGCUGGAGCAGAGCAAACAGAAAUUGAAGGUUGUCACAGGUAGCCAACAGGGGGCGCCAAACCUCAGGAGACUUGCGAGAGAGGGAGAAAUAGAAACAGUGGAGGUAUUUGAGAAGAACAUUGGACCUGCUGAGAAAUUGAGAGAUGAGAUGAAAGGAAAAAAAGAACUGUGCAUCUCUGGUACGACAGAGAGAUCAAGGAGCCUCUGCAGGCUGCCCUCAGAUUACCCUGAUGUUGUUAUAAAUGGUACCCCCCAGGUCUUUGUUACUGUGACAACAGAAUCUCCUCAUCAGAAUAAGACUCAACCUAGUUUGAGCAGAAGUUUAGACCAACAGAACAACAUGAAGUAUUCCAUCAAAGAUAACAAAUCAGAGAAUUCACUCCUACAAAUGUGCAACUCUACAGUUUUAGAUGUGCCAAACAAGAUGAACUGGACUAGGACACAGGAGGAUUUCCAAUCAAGCCUCCGUUUACUGAGGCCUCAUGGUGGCUCCAGACGGAACUUCCUGCUUCGCUGGUGCCAGGGCAGAACUCAAGGAUACAAGAAUAUAGAAAUGACUAAUUUCAGCAGUAGCUGGGUGGAUGGUUUGGCCUUUUGUGCAAUUUACCACAGUUACCUCCCCUCUCACAUACCAUACAACAAUCUCAGUCCAGAAAACAAGAAAGAAAACCUCACUCUAGCAUUCCAGACUGGAGAAAGCUUUGGAAUCUCUACAUCACUGACGGUGGAAGAGAUGCUGAAAUAUGAUGCACCUGACUGGCACAGAGUUCUGGAUUAUGUAGAGAGCAUCUACCGCCACUUUGAGAUGUGAGACUCUGGAUAUACUAGAACCUGAUUAUAUGCAAUGAUCACCAACGCUCUUAUAAUUACUCCACAGGAACACGUAUUCUAGGGCCUCAGAGGGGUGCACACGACACAGCUAUACCAGCUCUACAGCACUACCACCAAGCAUAGAGGACGAGACAGAAAUGGGCCAUAAAGUUUCUUGUUGUUGUCUUUCCCUGCUGAAAAGACCAGCUUAUGUUGUGUUUUGGGUCCAUCAGAAUGGAAUGCUGCUGUGCUGGUGUCCCCACAAGACUUUCAUACUAGCUUAACCAGCUUCAUCAGAAAGAUCAUGCUGGUCAACCACCUUCACCAGGAAGGUUUUGCUGGUGAAUAGUAUGACUAUGUUGGUCUACCAGUUAGACCAGCACCAAACCAGCACUAACCAGCUUAGACCAGCAUGGUUAUUGCUUGCUGGUUAAGCUUGUCUUUUCUGCAGUGUUAAAUGUUGUUCUUGGAUCAGACAGUAAAGCAGGUUUAUUUUUUAAAACGUUUGAUACUCUUCUUGACCAGCUUCUGAAGAUAGAUCUUUGUGUCAGUGUGAAGAAAGAUUUGGUGUUGGAUGAGGAGUGUCCAGCGUCAUCAGAUUUGUGACUGUUUCCAUUUGUAUUUGUUGCCCUCUGUUGGUUCUUCUAUGGAAUUGCAGGUUUUAUUUUUUAUUCAGAUUCUUGACCAGACUUGGUCUACAAUGUAAAUUUACAACAACAAUCCCUACUCCUGUUUGUGUGCCACGUUUUUUUCAUGUGUGAUCAAAGGGCUCUGUAAAUAAUCACACUGUUGAGUCUCACUGUGAAUGCAAACAAUCAAUUCUUAGCACGAAACACAGCUAAUUCAACCAUCAGUCAUACUCCAACAUCAAUGAGUUUCAUAAGCAUGUUUAUCACUUUCUGACAAUACUUAUUAAAAUACCACCAGUGUGAUGUAUAUAAACCAUUGAAAAGUUUCAAAAGACAAACCAGUAUUGAUAAAUAAAUAUUUUUAUUCCAGUAUUUUUCUUGUCAUUU